AUGACGAUGGAUGCGACGAGUGCGCCUCAAGAUUCGGCUGCGGCUCCAGCUCCAGCUCCGGCUUCUGCGACGCAACAACAGCAACAACCUCCACAAACACAACCCGCUGCCGCUCCCGCGACUACUACCAACGUGCCUCAAAGGCGACCACCCGUCAUGUCGCGCGACAGAUACAAUCACCAGUCGCUCGGCGCGUCUCUGAAUACCUCUGUGAAACAGGCUCGCGUGCUCAUGGUGGGAGCUGGUGGCAUCGGCUGCGAGCUACUCAAGAACCUUGUGCUUACCGGCUUCGGCGAAAUUCACAUCGUCGACCUCGACACCAUCGAUCUCUCCAACCUGAACCGGCAAUUCCUCUUCCGCCACGAGCACAUCAAGAAGUCCAAGGCCCUGGUCGCCAAAGAGGCUGCGCAACGAUUCAACCCCAACGUCAAGAUCGUCGCCCACCAUGGAAACAUCAAGGAUGACGAGUUUACUGUCGCAUGGUUCCGUCAAUUUCGCAUUGCCUUCAAUGCUUUGGACAACCUUGAGGCUCGGAGACAUGUGAACAAGAUGUGCCUGGCUGCCGAUGUCCCUCUCAUUGAGAGUGGCACCACCGGUUUCAAUGGCCAGGUUCAAGUCAUCAAGAAGGGCGUUACUGCGUGCUACGACUGCACACCCAAGGAAGCACCCAAGUCCUUCCCCGUGUGCACCAUCCGGAGCACUCCUAGUCAACCUAUUCACUGCAUCGUUUGGGGGAAGAGCUAUCUUCUUAACGAGAUAUUCGGUACCAGCGAAGACCAAGCAGCUUUUGAUCACUCAACAGACGCCGAUAAUGCAAAGGAGAUCGAGGAGUUAAAGAAAGAGUCGGAGGCUCUCAAGAAGAUCCGAGAUGCUGUAGGCACCUCUGAGUUUCCCCAGAUGCUGUUCGACAAGGUUUUCAACGCGGACAUUGAACGACUACGCUCUGUUGAGGGUAUGUGGAGUUCACGACGAGCCCCCGAGGCUCUCAAGUACGAUGCCGUUCUCGCCCAAGCUAGUGACGCCAUCGCUAUCAAGGACACCCUCCUCAACGAUGACCAGCGAAUUUGGUCUCUUGAGGAAAGUCUGGUGGUUUUCAACGACAGCCUGGAGCGACUAAGCAAGCGAAUCCUGGAGCUCAGGAAGAACAAGUCCCCUGAGGAUUCCGACCCCAUCAUCACGUUCGACAAGGAUGACAUUGACACUCUCGACUUUGUCGCCGCAAGCGCCAACAUUCGAUCAACAAUUUUCGGAAUCGACAGAAAAUCUCGGUUCGACACGAAACAGAUGGCCGGCAACAUUAUCCCCGCAAUUGCGACAACGAAUGCGAUUGUCGCUGGACUUUGCGUCCUCCAAUCUUUCAAGGUCCUGAAGGGAGAAUAUGCGCAGUCCAAGGAGGUCUUCUUGACACCAUUCGCACCAGCUCGUCUGUUGGCCCCUGACAGGUCACGAGAGCCGAACCCUGAGUGUCCAGUGUGUAGCGUGUACUUUACCAGCGUUGUCGUGGAUCUUUCCCGGGCGACGCUCCAGGACAUUGUCGACGACAUUGUCAAGGAUAAGUUGGGCUACGAGGGCAAGGAGUUUGUUGUCAACAACGACGUGGGGACUUUGGUCGAGUGCUUCGAGGAUGGUGACGACGAGAAUCUUCCAAAGAAGCUUAGCGAUCUUGGUGUCAAAAAGGAUAGCUUCUUGACAGUGAUUGACCAGGACGAUGACGACACGUUUGUGAAUGUGGUGAUCAACAUUCAAGACGGGACCUUCGAAGCGGACAAGAAGCCCAUCGAGGCUACGUUUACGGAGAAACCCCAAAUCCCGCGAAAACCCAAGAAGGCCCAGCCCGCUGAGGCGAAUGGGAACGGCGAGCUUAAUGGAAAAGCCGUGUCAGUUGAACCCAAGGGCGUCAAGCGUCCGCUUGCUGAGGACAGUGGCCAGCCCCUGAAAAAGGCCAAGCUCGUCGAAUCAGGGCCCGAGGUGGUGGACGUCGAAGAGACCGGCGGCGCGAUUGUCAUCGACGACUGA